AUGGGUGCCAUUCCUGAAGCCGAUCCCGAUGAGCCCAUGGAGACCAAGCCCUUCAAGUUCGUGACAGCUGGUACGUUUUCGUCGCUGGUGCUACCUCGUAUGAUGCUGACCACUUGUGAUGCAACGACAGGCUAUGACGCUCGCUUCCCCCAGCAGAACCAGACCAAGCACUGCUGGCAGAACUACGUUGACUACUACAAGUGUGUCAACGCCAAGGGCGAGGAUUUCCGUCCAUGCCGUCAGUUCUACCACGCUUUCCGCUCCCUGUGCCCCAAGGCCUGGACUGACAGAUGGGAUAACCAACGCGAGGCUGGAAACUUCCCUGCUCGUCUGGAGUAG